GUUUGUCUUUACAUCUUAAAUUUUCCCAAGUGUUUCAUCUUUAGCAUUUUCCUAUCCUGGUGUUGUGUUUCUUCUUUGCAGGAGGAGUUUUUGAAGAAAUACCCAAAUGGAAUUAACCCUGUCAGUGCUAAUGACGUCUUCUUCGGUCUUCAUGCAGUUGUGCUCUGUUUGAUCUAUGCUAUCCAGGCUGCUGUGUAUAAGAGAGGGGGUCAGAGUGUGUCCUGGACAGCCCGGUUCUUGUUGCUUGUUGGCUGGCUUUUUGCCUUGAUCACCUUGUUUGUGGCUGUUGCCAAACAGAUUACCUGGUUGGACUACCUUUACUAUUUCUCCUACAUUAAACUUGGAGUCACUCUUGUGAAGUAUGUACCCCAGGCAUAUAUGAACUACAAAAGACAGAGUACUACAGGAUGGAGUAUUGGCAAUGUGUUACUGGACUUCACUGGUGGAAUCCUCAGUAUUCUGCAGAUGGUCUUAGAGUCUUAUAAUAAUGAUGAGUGGAGGUUGAUAUUUGGGAACCCUACAAAGUUUGGCUUGGGUUUGUUCUCCGUGGUGUUUGACGUUAUCUUCAUAACUCAGCACUACUGUCUCUACAGACACUCAGAGGGUUAUGAAGCUAUUUCAGACCAAGAGGACAACUAAUCUCAACACAGUAUGGCGUGGACAAAAUCUAAAAACAUACAACCAUCUGGGUUUUUGCGACUCAUUUUAUUUAUACCAAUCACCGAGCACAAAUAUUGGUGAUGUGGCCAAUCAAUCAAGUUCCUGGAAAAGACUGAUUUGUGAGGGUUCUGAUUUUUGAUAUCUGUUGUAAUUUCCAGUACCAGAGUUCUUCAAAGAAGAUUUCACAGUUGUUCUUGUCUCCAUGCUGACAAAGCAUCAGCAGUCUGACUUCUUCCAGAUUUGGUAACAUAUUGUUGAAAUCAGCAACAGCACUUUUUACUGUACUGAUGUGCUUACAAUAAGCAACUGUAAUGAAAUAUGAGUUAAGGUUUUAGUAUUUACAAUGAAAUGACAAGCAAACAAAAUCAUCAUGGUACUGUCAUCAUAACAGAAAUCUCACCAGUUUGGUGCAAUAAUUAUUAUAGGAAAGCAAUAUUACCAGCAGCUUUUAAAACACUGAAUUUUUGUACUUGUGAUGUUUGACCUUAUGUGGUGAACACUUAUGUGUGUGAAAAAACAGAAGUCAAAAAUUGCUAAAAUCUUGGGAGAAUGUGUGACAACUGUUUGGGGACAUACCUAAGAAGAGCAUUUGGCUGUGACAAGCAGGUGGAAAAUUCAGUAUGUCCUCUGAAAUAAAAUGGAAUGCUUUUGUCACUGCCCAGCUGUACUCUGAAAUUUUAUGCAUCUUGUUUGCAGUACACAUAUUAAAUAAAUAACAUAAGCACCUCUACCAUAAAUAAGGUAAAGUGUUAAUAUAAAAUACUAAAGAAACAUUUUUAUUUUAUUUUUUUAAAAUUGUGUAUUGCACUCCCAACUGUCUGGAUAUUAUUGCACAGUUAAUAUUGGUUGGUUGUUUAUGUUAAAAAAAUGUUUUAUUGCAAUUGAAUAAAAUUCUCUUUUUUAUAAUAAUAAAUAAAAUUCUAUUUUUGAGUGUAAAAAAAAUCAUGUAAAAGAUGUCUAUUAAAAAUUAUGGAUGCUUUCUAGAUUUGGAGUGUGUGGCUGUUUUUGCAAUCUAUAUGUACAGUGUCUCUGGAAAGUAUUCACAGGGCUUCACUUUUUUCACAUUUUAUGUUAUA